UUUCGAAUUUUGUUUGUUGUUGAUCAUCAAAACAUUAAUAACAAUUAUGGCCUGUCUGUACUAACUUCUAUAAUUUCUUGUUUAUUGCUUUUCAACGUUAACUUAUAUUAUCGUACAAUGGAAUUUCGUUCUCAAGAUUUUGCACAACUUGUUUUGGGUUAUUUAAAAGAAACUCGGUGCAAAAGAGCCUUCCUUGAUCUGCUGUAUCACUCGGAACAUUUACGAGAUCAUGCAAACAAUUAUCGUAACCGUAGGUUUGUUGUCACACGUGUUGCUGGUAUGAGUUUAGUCGAAUAUUUAAACGAAUAUGCUGCCAUUUACACCAUAGUUCAAGAACGUUUGGAGGCGACUGAUUUUUAUAAAGAAAAUUGUUCACGCUCUUCCUUAAUGAAACAAGUUUUAUAUUUAUUUGACAAAUUUGAUAUUCAUUCGAGGACUAGCACACCAAUACAAGAAAUUGCAACUGUAAAUUCGCAUAACGCGAGCACCAACACCGAACCGUGUGAUGUGCAAAAUAUAUCUGACAUUGGCCACAGGUCAUUCGAUCACCUAUCCAUAAGUACAACGCCCAAGAAUACCUUUGAAGAUGAUCCCAUACAAAAGUCGCACGAUAAAUCAAGAGAAACCACCUCGACAUGUGAUAAAUCUACUACCACUGACAACGAGGCAGAGGUCAAAGAGAAAUCGCACGAACAAUGCGAAGAGAUAUUUACAAACACCUUUUUAGAAAAUAUAGAACUGAUCGAGAAAUUGGCCGACAAUAUUAAUAAGGAAGUUUCAUCAAAAUCAAGUGCAGAAUUGGACAGUUUAGCAAUUCAAAGCAUUGUACAAAGGACAGAAUCGGAUCCUAUCUUAGUUCAACUAAUAUCGGAAAUAAUAGGUACUGAUGAGGAUACAGAAAAUGCAACGGAUAAAGAAGCCAGUUCCAAUCAAUGUGAGCAACCACUAACAUGUGAAAAUACUCUAAAAAUAACCCCUGCACAAAAAAAGAAGGUAAUUUCACCACCAAUUGAAGACUCGAUUAAGAAACGCAUGCGUAGCGCAAGAUCUCAGCCAAGUAACAUUAAGGACACUUUAAUUGAAGAUCAAAAUAAUGACGCAGUCGAAUCAAUAAUUGCUGCAUCGUGUUUAAAUGAAGAAGGAAAGGUGGCAACCACUUCGUGUCACAAAAGUUCUACAAGUCAAUCAAUAGAAUUAUUAUUAACCACAGCACAAUGUAAUAUGCAUAAUUCUAUUGUAUACACCGCUCCUGGUGAUACAAAUUCGAACCCUACUACUACAGCAGACUUAUUAAUGAUUCAGUCAAACACAACUGUUUCAAAUACUCAGCUUUUGCCGCAAAAAGCUGUUAACGUGGAUGCCUCAAGAUCUUGUUUUAUAAUUGGAAACCAACCUUUUGUUAAUGUUACACUUCCACCGACACCACUAAAAGUAUUAAGCGAGCAAGAUAUUCUGACGAUGCCUACCAUAUUUGUUUGUGACAAUACUCAACCAUAUGGAAGCACCCAAACUGUGGUUGUACCUUCAACUGCUCCACCUCCACCAGUUACAAGAUCUUUAAAAAAAAUUGCACCCAAAGUAUCAAGUGAUCAUGCUCAGUCCAUUGGCGAAUACAUUACUUUGUAUAAGUGCAACGAAUCCAGCCCAUAUAAAGCGACACCUCAAAAAAUAAGCUUCACAGAAAAAGAAUUGACAAUAAAUACGGAUACAUAUCAAAGCAUUACUCAGGAAACUUUUGUCACAAAAGACUUACAAAACGCAGUUCUAAGCAACGUUUUACAUGCAGAACAGAUUGUCGAUGGUAAUCUGAAUGCUGUAAAUUGUGAAAAUUCCGGUUUACCAAUUGGAGAUUUACCAACAGACAAAUUACAAACACCUCCUGUCGUUACUACAGAAAGUAAGGAAGGAAGUAAUACGAAAAGUAAUUCGCACGUGCGCCAAUUGCAUUUUUCGACACCAGAGAAGUUGAGCACAAGGAAAUCCGAAAGGUCCACCAGUAAAGCAGUGCGGACGUCGUUGUUCAAAUCACCACUUGUGGAAGAAGGUGACAAUGAGAAACAAGUGAAUUCUGCGGGCAAAAUAAAUUCAUGUGAAAAAUUGCAAACGAAACAAAGCAAAAGUGACAGUUGGGAUUCAAAUUUGAGAGGUUUUACACUUCUGCCUCCUGAAACGAAACCAAUAGAAACACCUGCGAAAAGUAAACGUAAAAGACCCAGUGAAGAUACAUCGCAAACUGUGAGCGCAAAGAAACGCAAGGAGCCAGAAAAGGAGAUCUUAAUUAUGGAAGUCGAUUUGCCGAAAGACAAUGUUCGUAGUGAAACUGUAGACAGCAAACCAAGCACGUCCGGUACAUCAAAGAAGGCAAAACCUGGGACAAAAAAAAAUGAGAAAUCAAAUGUGAAGAAAUCGGUUUUGCAAGACCGAAAAGGUAAGAAACGGAAAGGGACUAAUAAAGAGACGGUUAAUGAGAAAAUAUCUGCCGGUAAACAUGCAGAUGAUGCGGAUAAGCCAAAAACUGAAAAUAUUGGUUUAGAUAAGGCACCAGAAAUCGUAAAUCGCGUAGUUAAACCGAGGAUUAAUAAAAAGUGCAAUAUUGACAAUAGCAAAAAGUUUCCGACGACUGAUGAAAUAAUCUUAACAAGUGUUCCGAAAAUAAAAUCGUGUGAAAUUUUGAAGGAAGAGGAAAGCGUCUUAAUUUUAUCGUCCAAGUUAAAGCAAAGCAGUGGUGUUGCAAUAGAAAAAGAAAAUUCCUCCAUUCAAGAAGAAAAAGAUUCCGGUGGAUUGAAACCCACACAGAAAGUGAAUGGUGAAGAGCCCAGAACGACAGUAGAUUCCGUUCCAACAUUUCUAAACCUACCUUCAUUGGAAACUCCUAUGAAGAACUGUAUACCAUCAGUUCCUAAAACGCCAGCAGUUCCCAUAACGACACUCGUUGAUACCCCAUUUACAAAAGCUGUAAUAGAUCAAUUGACUGGAGUAGACAUCAACUCUAUUCCGACUCCUAAAUUUCCCAUAACCCCAAAUUUCGCUUUUACACCCGCUCUCAAUUCGCCAUUUUCAAAUAGAGGCACAGACUAUUCAACUUCUAGUUCAUACUAUCAGCCAUCGGAUUCUGAACAGAAUAAAUCUUUAGAGCAGCUCAUACAAGAGUGCCAAAGGCUGGAAAAACAAGACAAUGUCUCACGGGGGAGUCCAGAUAUACAGAAAGAUGAAACGGUUAUUGUAACAGCAGUUCAAUCUACGACAGAAGCGCAGAAGAAUGAAGAUACCAUAGUUCAAAAGAAAACUCAAAUUUCAUCUAUAGAAUCCUCUUUCAUAGAAAAACGUAAGGCGUUUAAUGAAAAUCUACUCGGCAAGAAAAAUAUGCAGCUGGCAAAAAUGCUGUCGGACGAGGCGACAGAUGAGAACACCAGCAGCUCAGAGUCAGAUACCUCCAAAACUUCCUCAAGUUCUAGCAGCGAGGAAAGCGAUUCAAGUGACGAUAAUCGCUCUCCUUUGAAAAAAGCCCCGUAUUCACUGCGACCUCGAAAGGGAUCCCAAAAUACUGAUAAUCCUCUUCCCUCUGUUAGUAAGGAAGAACCGUCCCCUACAAUAUCAGCAACUCAUAAAGUGGAGAAACCCCACACUUAUCAAGAUGAAAUGCGAAGCAAAAUGGAAGAAAUUCGCCAAAGAACUAUUGCAAAGAUACAGGGUAUGGAUGGUAGUGUAAAACCAAAAACGCCACCAUCAAAACAAAAAGCUGUAAGUAAAGUGCGAAAAAGAGUAGUGAAGAGUGCUGAAAAGGUUUGCAAACCCAAAAACGAUACGCCCAAAGUCCAAGAAAAGGUAACCGCAUCAAAGUCUGAGAGCAAAGACCAAAGCUUAAAGUCUGAAGACAGAGACCAAUGGUUGGGAUCUGUCAACACGUUAGACGUACCGUCGUCUAGCGAGCAUGUCAACAAAAUUCCUAACACAAAAGUUCCUUCGAAAAACAUCGAAAUUGAAAUAAAAUCCAGCACCCAUAAUGUGGCAAACAGUGCUUUAGAUAAAUCAAUGCAUCAUAAAACAUCAAAUAAUCGCAAGGUUAACAAUAACUCGCCCGACGUCGACAUAAUUCUCCAUCUAAGUUCAGAUGAUGACAAGUUGCAGCCGUAUCAUAUCGUCGAAACUGAACUGCGGGACUCUUCCGUCUGUUCCACCCCUACAUCGGAGCAUAAGAAUGAGAAUGUACAAGAGAAGAAGAGUGAAGCUGAACAAGAUAAAGAUGAUAAAAGUGUUGAUAAGGAAGCCGAGUCAUUGGUUCAAGGAUUAAAACAGUGGGGCAUUCACUUAAUUCCUAAUAAACUUGUAAAGAAUACCCCUUCAGUUGUAGAUAAUAAAGAAAAAAUUUCAAGAGAAAAUACAGGUUUAUUUGUAGGUACAAGCAAUGUGAAGGAGAAACCUGUUAGUACCCCAACUAAUUUAGAUUCUACAUUGGAAGAUGGUGAAAUCUUAAGCCCAGUUAAAAAAGAUUAUAAAAAAUCAAAAAGCAAGAGUGUCAACUUGAAGAAGGACGCUUUAAGAAAUUUGCAUGAUGUUAAGAAGCACACAGUAAACAAGACAUCAAAAGGUAGAAAGAAAGAAAUACCAGCUUUAAACAAACUUGGUGGUUCUUCGAAAGAGCUAAGUAAAGAAAAGCGUACAGACUCGCAGGAAAAGGUAAAACAACAAUGCGCUAUUAUCAAACCGGAUUUUUCAAUUAAGUUUGACACUAAGACAUUUGAAAGAGAAACAUUGAAAAUUACACACGAUGGUAAUUCAAAGUCAUCCAAGAAAUUAUCAGAUUACGAUUUCGAAAUUCUCAAUAAAAAAUUUGAAGCAUAUGUGUACAUAGAGGAAAUUGGAGAAAAUGUAGAAAAACUGAUGUCCUUUACGCCAUUUAAUUUUAUCUUUGAGCUGUCACCAGAGAGUUCUGUAAGCAGGAAACAACCUGCAAGUGUCAAAUCAAAAGAUAGUCUUGUAAAAAAGAAACUGAGGCCGCUUGACACACUAUACAAGCAACUCGUAAAGCGAGAACCAAAAAUUCACAAAUCGCCCCUCGACAAUUUGUAUUCACCCAGUAGUAGCUCGCGAGAAAGUACGUCUAAUAGUAAUAGACGAAGUGAUCAAUUUGAAAAGAUACAACGUGAACAUUCUAAAAGCAGUCGCAAAUCGGAAAAGAGUUCUGAAGUUGCAAGUAAUGAACGGUUACAAAUGACUAGGGAUGACAAAGGAAAAAUUGAGCAGCAGCGAGACAAAGAAAAAAAUGAUGAAAAAUCAAAAGAAAGUGAACCAGAUAAGCUUAUACAAAAAUGUCCUACUACACCAAAAAGUCCUAAAAUACAAAAUGUAGCAAAAAGUAAAGAAAAAGUCGAACUGCAAAUAGAAACCUUAUAUAACAGUUUGGAAAAUGCAGAUACAGAUCAAGAUGACACAGUGAAAACCAGUGAAGAUUCUCUAAUGAAUUAUGCUGUAAUUGGAAGUCAAAGGAUUAAUGAAGACGAUGAUCUCUGUGAUGAAAGGAAAUCUGCAGUGGAACAAGUUGAACAAAAGGACGAGGAAAGGAAAGAACCUGAAGUUUGCCAAUUACUCCAAAACAUUGAUGUUGAUAGUUUUCUAAAACAACUUCACGGUGACACGUGACUUUAGUAAGCAAUCUGUGCCAUUAAACUAUGUACAGUUACCAAAUUUGUUCACAGUAUUAUUCAUUUACCCUUCCAAUUUCGUGUGUUAUCUUUACCAAUUCUAAGCAUUGACUUAUAAAUCCGCAGGUGGAUGUAAAGUGAAUUUUGUGAUUGCUUAUAAGUCAUGAAUUGUUAUAGCUAUAAUUACAAAGUAGAUACUUUUAAGAAUGAUGUUCUUUGCUGUGUACAUACUUGUAUAUUUUAAUUUAGACAUAGAGAUAAACUUGUGAAAUAAAACACCUU